GGAGCAAAAGCUCGUUGCGAUUUGUGCAUCGCGUGAGUUCAGUGAUAGUGGAUUAAGGUUGAUGUGUCCGCGGCGUGUGAAUUGCCGUGAAGAAAAAUUGGCGCAAUCGUGCAAUUAAGAGACGUUGCGAGGGAUUAAAAUUGCGUGCAAAGUGGGAUUAAGUGGCUGAGACAAGACCGUGCCAGUCUGAAAGAUAAUACUGGCCAACUGUGGUGUGUGUGUGCUCCGAUAUCACCUGGUAAUGUGUCCAGAUAAAAAGUCUACGUAUUCACGAAUUCCGCGGAAUGUCCAAUUUCGAGCUUCAUGCUGAGUCCUGUGACAAUUUUGCUCCCUGUGACUCAUCCAGCAUGAAGAAAUUGAUCUUCGUGUGACUUUUGCAUUUUCGCACGGAAGGAACAAAAGUAAAAAAUAGCCAAAAUUAGCGUGAAAAGUGUAGGAAAUUAGCCAAAGCGGAAGAAUUUAUUUGGCGAGUGAAGUGACUCGCUAAUGAAGCGCAACCCGAAAUAGCCCAAACAGAAUGUCUGACGAAGGUGCAUCCGAGAGUGGUUCAGUCAGGCGCAAUGCGUCCCUGGACGAGCAAAGACUCGCUUUCGCCUCGUCCAAGCUCUCCUCGGCGAAUCUCAUGCAAGAGGCGUCGCGAAGCCACAGCUUCCAAUCCUCCUCAUCCUCCUCGUCCAGCAUCACGUCCACCAUGACUGUGGUGCACCAGCAGCAGAGCCACUUUCAUCAGAAGGUCAGCAGUUCCAGCAGUGCGUCCUCGAGCGGCGCCUCCAGCAAUGCCGGCGAGCAGAAGAUCAUCAUCAAGUCGUCGGCGAGCGGGAGUGCGGCGAGCGGCAGCAAGACCAAGUUUCAGAGCUUUCUGCAGCAACCCGAGAUGGCCAUGCACUCGGGCUUCCUCAGCGCCACGGCACAACAGCAGAAGUUCGUGAGGCAGUUUGUGCGGUCGUCCUCUGCGCACAGCGAGAGCAUCGACAAGCCUGCGAUUAAGUGCAUCCGCAGUGCCUCCACGCAAAUGGACGAUGGUGUUGUGCAGCAAGCGGCUGCUGAGAUGUCCAAAGUGUUUCAACAGCAAUCCGUGCUCAUCUCCAAGUCAGCCGAGACCAUCGAAACGUCCACAACGUCCGCCAUGGGCACAGGCAUUCGCAACACGCUCACACUCUCAGGUGGACUGUUGGCGCCGCCCAAUCGAAAGCUCACUAUCCUGAGCCCAAUCCACGCUCCGCCGGGCCUGCAGGAGAUGCUCAAGCGCCACCAGAAUCGCUCCCCAUGCUCACCACGACUCGUUCUACCAGGUGCAAGCGAGGCCGAUCUCUUCGGUUUCGAUGUGGAGAAUGGUCAGGGCGCACGAUCACCCCUGGAGGGUGGAUCACCAAGUGCAGGACUCGUCCUGCAGAAUUUACCACAGCGACGUGAAUCCUUCCUGUAUCGAUCCGAUUCAGACUUUGAGAUGUCACCGAAAUCCAUGUCGCGCAAUUCCAGCAUUGCGAGCGAGAGGUUCAAAGAAACAGAGCCGCCAGUUUUAAUGGAAAGAGCUCAUGGCGAAGAUUUGAUAGUGACACCAUUUGCUCAGAUUCUGGCCAGUCUUCGAUCUGUGCGGAUUAAUUUUCUGAAUUUAACAAAUGUCAACACGAGCAAAUCGAAACGCCAAACGAAUGCCCCGCUGCCGAAGCCUCUGGUGCCCGGAGAUGAGGCAUACGUCCGCUUGGCCCAUGACACGAUGGAGGAGCUGGACUGGUGUCUGGAUCAACUGGAGACCAUCCAGACUCACCGAAGUGUCUCGGACAUGGCGUCACUGAAGUUCAAGCGAAUGCUGAACAAGGAAUUGUCACACUUCAGUGAAUCCAGUCGAUCCGGCAAUCAAAUUUCCGAAUACAUCUGUUCGACGUUUUUGGACAAACAACAGGAGUUUGAUUUGCCAUCGCUGCGCAUCGACGAGAAUGAGGUGGCCAACAUCACGUCAGCUUCCCAUCCGCGCAGCAGAUCGCCGCGCUUCGGGGGGCCGCCAAUGUCACAGAUUUCGGGCGUACGACGACCGCUGUCGCACACCAACUCCUUCACUGGUGAACGCCUGCCGACGUUCGGUGUGGAGACGCCACACGAGGCGCAACUGAGCACCCUGCUGGGUGACCUGGACACCUGGGGCAUCGAUAUCUUCCGCAUUGGCGAUCUCACGUGCAACCGCCCCCUCACGUGCGUCGCGUACUCCGUGUUCUCGUCACGAGACCUCCUCAGCGCCCUGAUGAUACCACCGAAAACACUAAUCGCAUUCAUGGUGACGCUGGAGGAUCACUACGUAAAGGACAAUCCAUUUCACAACUCACUCCAUGCCGCCGAUGUGACCCAAAGUACCAACGUCCUCCUCAACACGCCGGCCCUCGAGAGUGUCUUCACGCCCCUCGAGGUGUGCGGCGCCCUCUUUGCCGCCUGCAUCCACGACGUCGAUCACCCUGGACUCACCAAUCAGUUUCUCAUCAACACUAGUUCGGAAUUAGCAUUAAUGUACAAUGAUGAAUCGGUGCUGGAAAAUCAUCAUUUAGCUGUUGCCUUCAAAUUACUUCAAAAUCAAGGAUGUGAUAUCUUCUGUAAUAUGCAAAAAAAGCAACGUCAGACGUUGAGGAAAAUGGUGAUUGAUAUAGUGCUAUCGACGGACAUGUCCAAGCACAUGAGCUUGCUGGCUGACCUGAAGACAAUGACGGAGACGAAGAAGGUGGCCGGCAGCGGCGUGCUGCUCCUGGAUAACUACACAGACCGGAUACAGGUGCUGGAAAACUUGGUGCACUGCGCCGACCUGAGCAAUCCCACGAAGCCCCUGCCGCUGUACAAGCGCUGGGUGGCGCUCCUCAUGGAGGAGUUCUUCCUGCAGGGUGACAAGGAGCGGGCCAGCGGCAUGGACAUCAGCCCGAUGUGCGAUCGCCACAACGCCACGGUGGAGAAGUCCCAGGUGGGCUUCAUCGACUACAUCGUGCACCCGCUGUGGGAGACGUGGGGUGACCUCGUGCAUCCCGAUGCCCAGGAGAUUCUCGACACACUCGAGGAGAAUCGCGACUACUACCAGAGCAUGAUCCCGCCAUCCCCACCGCAAUCAGACGACAUUGAAGGUGACGACAAGAUUCGCUUCCAGGUGACUCUAGAGGAGGGUUCCGACAAUGAGGGCGGCGAGGAUGACGAGGAGGAGGACUCCGGCGGGGGCGGUGGAGGUGGCAGUGGAGUUAGGCCAUCCACUAGUCAAAUUUCACCGCAGCACGUUGGGAUGUGACGGAGAGUGGUCGGACUAUGCAGGAAGCUUUCCGAGAAAGCACAAACAUUUUGGCUUAUUAGAUAAACAUGGAGUGAAAAUGAAAAUAUGGAGGAGAGACACAUGCGAUGUGAGAUUUUCUUUCCUGUGUGUGUGUGUGUGUAUUCUUAUUUCGAGGACUCUCCCGCCGCCUCUCGAGAGCCCGUGGGAGUGAAGGAGAAUUUGGGUGCGAGGGAAAUCACAUCAAUCAGCGAUGUGAUGAGGUGUGGAGAGGAAAUCCAGCACUAGACAAAGUUGGGUGGAAAUUUUUGCAUUAUAAUUCUCUCACACACCUUUUCAUCCAUUUGACUCUACCUCCGCACACUCUGCGUAUCUCUGUCACUCAUGAAGGAAAUCAUCCUCACAAUGAGCGUCUCCGCCCCCUCCGAGACAAUUAAAUUAAUGAUAGAGAAAAUUCGUGUAAUCAUGUGAGAGCAAUUCUUUAUUUCAAUGCGUAUUCUUUGUGCCGAACAUUUUUGCGCCAAUUUUCUUUGCUAUGCGUGCAAAAUGUGGAGGACGCGCGUUUUUUCGUUUGUAUUUGCAAAGAGAAAAGAUAUGAAAAAGGUUAAAAUUGAGAAAGAAAUUUCUCAAUUGAACAAAAAAAAGCGUUUUUGAAAUUGAUUUCUUCUAUUUACUACAAAAAAAAGAAUGGUUGUGUCUAUAAAAAGUAUGCAUAUAAGACAUAUAUUUGAUCUGGCGAGGAAUAAUGUAACAUAGAAAGAUUAUAGAAACCAAUAAAAUAGGGUUUUUCCUCUGUGAAAUAAAAAGAAAAUUAAGAUUUCAAAUAUAAGUUGCGUCCAAGUGACAAAACAAAGAAUUUAAUAAUAUUUUCAAGAUGCUUUGCGUGUAAAAGCUGCAAGAAAUGAAGUGCUUUUGAGUUUUUGGAUAUUUUACUGAAUCACACUUUGUGUUUUCACAAGUGAAUCUUUACAGUACACAAAGUAAUUGACGGAUGAAUUGAUAUCCAGAAGAUAAAGGAUAAUUAACAACUCGCGAAUAAAAGCAGUCGUUAAGACAAUUCUCCUCUUGUUUGUAUACACACAAAUUCUUCCUUAACUUGUUUUCUUUAUGUAGUUAACAAAAGGAGAUCUUUAUGGUGGAGAAGAAGAACAUAUAUAGAAAUAUUAGUGAUGUAAUAGGAAAUCUUUUAGAGGACAGAAAGCAAAAGAAAUUAAAAGGGAAAAUAAAAUUGAACAUAUAAACGUUUAGAGAGUAAUAAAUAUUAGUAAGAAACUUGAAAUAACCUUUAGAUAAUAUAUUUGAAAAGGAAAAGUGAAACAUAAAUUCAUUACAAUAGAGAAGCAGAAAGGAGGAAAAUAAAGAAAGUGAAAUGUUAGAUUUUAGAUUGAGAGAAAACUUUCAAGUAGAGCUGCAUUUUAGGAUGAAGAAUCUCCAUUUCAUCACUGGAGGGUGCAAAAGAUCUUCUCAGACAAAAUGAGAAUAUAAAACUGUAGUGGAAAAUUUGCAAAACUACUAUGAAAUAUUGUAGAUUUAGCAAUUUUUCAGAAGCAACAAAUGAUACACAUUAGAGAAAACAUUGUACAUCAAGAAGUAUAAUUCAUUUUCUUUCAAAUACCCCGCAAUAUUUUCGUCUUCUUUGCAACGUUAUUUUAUAGUAAUUGUUUUAGUUAAAUGUACACAAGGCAGGAUCCUUGAGAAGAAUGGUGAAGAAAUGUAUAAUAUUUUAAUAUUUUCUCUUCGGGAACAUUUUGUCAAUCGUUGAUAUUAUAUUUACAAGUCUUUAUUUGUCCACUUUUCUUUGAUUAAUUUCUGAAAAUGGUAGGUAUUUCAAGGUGAAAAGGCAAAGACAAAGAAUGGAGAGAAAAUAUUUUAAAAUCCAUACAUAGACAAGGUGGAAAACAAAGAUUAGAAUUCUUCGAAAAAGAAUUUAGUGAAAAAAAGGUUUUUCUACAGAUGAAUAUUACUCAAUUUUUGUCCCAGUAAGAAUAAGUUUAAAAGAUAACUUAAUAAUAAAUAUACACGUUGAAAGUGGAUACUAAAAAUAUACAAAGAUAUAUUAAAAAAAGAACACACAAAUUAACAAAAAAGCAAAUAUAUUGUGAAAUAUUUUCUCUGGCUGGCUGGAAUGUGUAAUAAAUGUAAUAAAUUGUAAUAACACGUUGAAUUUUUCGGGGGCAGGUUCCUCAAUUUAUUAUUUAUUUUUAUUAAUUAAAUAAAGUAUGGAUUAAGCGAGAAAAAAUUAUUAUUAUCUUCUUACAUUGUGAAGCCACUUAUAAAGUUUAGAAAAUGAAAACAGAAUGGAAAUUAUAUUAUACAAAUAUAAAAAAUAUUUAUGUAAAAAGAAUAUUAUGAAAUGAAGAUGAAGAGUUGAAACUUAAAGCAAGGAUAGUGAAGCAUGAAAAUGUAAUUAAUAUUGUAAAAGAUGAAAACAGAGAGAAGAUUAUAACUAUCGUUAGCUAAUGGGGAAUGUUUAGAGUUGUCACUUUCAGAUGAGAAGCUAAACGCAGACAGAAAUAUUUCCUAAAAGAAAAAAAAGAAGAAAAUGUGCAAAGAUUCUCUAUGAUAUCACUCAAAUCAUCAAGAUAUACAAAAUAGAUGCUGUAGUGAGGAUUUUGUGAGGAUAGAAAAUAUUAUAGAGUGACGCUGGCGUCGCCUAUUUUAAUUUUUUUAGUGAUUUGAGGAAUGAUGAUUUGAAUGUGAGUGAUUUCAGGAUACAAAAACAAACAAAAUGUUGAGAAAUAUUGAAAUAUAACCUUGAAAAAUUAGUAAAAAAAAUUAGCAAUUUUUUGUUUACCUGUAACAGCUCUAAGAAAAACAUUGAAAUACUUUUUCUAAUAUUGUAAACAUGAUUUCAUUGGGUUAUCGAAAAAAAAGGAACAAAUGGAUUAACUUCCAUUUGUCUCACCGAUUUCGAAAAGUGAUUUAAUGAUUCAAGAGAAAACUUUGAAGUAAAAAUCUCAUAAAAUCUGACCGUAAAAACUACUCUUAGAUGAGAAGCUUUCAAUGUUAAUUAGAGAAAAAGAACAAAAAUAAUCCUGGAUGUUAGAGUAAAAGAAAAAGAAUUAAAAUUGAAAAAAUCUGCUUAUAAUUUUUCUUUAAUUCUCAACUAAAUAUUUUACACAGUUUCUUUUAGGAAGUGCUGAAGAGCAGUUUGAAUUAAAUAACUUUUGUCGUAUGGAAAAUCAGAAUGAGAGUAAAAUAGAAUGAAAACCGAAAUGAGCUUAAAGUUUUCCAAGAAUAUUUUAAGAGUGACGCGAUGAUUAAAACAAUUAAUGAAAAUUAGAGAGAGAAAAUCGUCUAAAUCUACUGUAAACUUAUUACUUUUCAUCUUGAUAAAUGCUGUUUAAGGGAAAUAUUUAAAAGUAUAGGAGAAAGUGAGUGAAAAAUAAAAUCAUAUCAUGACAAUUUCACAAAAGACGCGAGAUUGUGGUCGAGUAAAAUUUUUGUUUUCAAUUUUUUUUUUCCAAAAACUUUCAAAUAUAGAAAAAUCAUACCAACAACUUUUUCGAUAAAUAUUUUCCCUGUCAUUUGGUAGUCACACACCAACAGAAAACACUCUUCCUUCAUUUCGUCAAAAUUUCACCGGAACUGUCUCAUAUUUUCACACAUGAACACUUUAAAUGCAAUUUUUAUGGGAAACAGAAGGAAAAGAAUUAAAACUUACAAUUUAUAGGAAAAAUGUUCUUUUUAUGUAAAACUUUUAUCGGAUUGAAAUCAAUCACUAAUGUGUAAAACCAAAAUAUACAAUCCCCACUAUAAGUUUAAUAGAGAAUAUAAGAAGAUAUACCAAAAACUGAUAAAAGUGGAAGAAACUUUGUAGGUUAGUGCAAAAGGUGGAAAAAAUAUGAGAAAAAGAAAUAUGUAAUCGGAAAAAUUAGUAGAUAAACAAGAAAGAUCAUUUUAAAAUUAUUAUUAUUGAAAUUGAUAAAAAUUAAAUAAUUACGUUUAUUUAUUCAACUUUGAAGAAAAUUUACGAUUGAAAAAAUGCCAAAACUGUGUCCAGUAAUAAAUAUUGUAUUGUAAAGAAAAUAUCCUUACGCAAGAGGACAAAAUUUAAUUGGAAUUAACACAAGUUUCAAAAAUUAUUUAUUGAUGAAAGUGAAGAAAAAUGAGUUUAAAAAAUUCUAGACAUUGGACUGUUACUCAUAUAGCCUUAGCAGAUAAUGUAAAAUAUAAGUGAAAAAUGUUUGUUUUGAGAGAAAAAGAGGAAACACAUUAAAUAAAAAAAGAAAAAAAUACUAA